CUGUGCCCGCGCGCGGGGCGGGGAGGAGGAGGGUUUCGCGCUCUAGACUCUGCCUCUCGGAGCCGCGCGCCCGGCGGUUGGGGCGGCGGGUCUGGCGCGCGGGGUACGUGUCCCGCUGCAGCGGCUGGUGGGGGCUGCCCCCUCCCCGGCUCGGCGCUGUGAGUGGGCGGAAGAUGGCGCUGGGCGGAUGGAAAUCCUAAUGACGGUCUCCAAAAUCGCCUCUAUCUGUACCAUGGAAAUGGGCAGAGCAUCCAUGAGAUGCUGGUGGAUGUUUUGAUGGCAUUUUCUGACCUACUGAAGGCACCUCUCAGCGGAGGAGGAGAAUGAGAUGCUAACUGGCUAAUGCUGCUCACAACUCUCAGUAUAGCUGCUGAUGUCCUCUGUGUAGACCAGUGCUUCCUGAGCAGGAUCACAAGUACAGACUGGUGGGAUCGUAUCGUCAUGUGGACCUGGGAUGAUCAGCAGUGGCUCCAGAAGUUUUGCAUGAAGAAAGUGACGUUUCUGGAGGAGACCCCACCCUUGUGUUAUGAGAUUGUACCUGAUUUCAGAAGCCCUGGCAAAGGAAGAUUUAAUUACACUCUCAAUAGGUACAGAAUGGUGGCUGAAUGCGCAUUUGGCCAAUUAAAAUCUUGCUGGUGCUGUUUACGGAACCGUUUGGAUGGCGCCAAUGCCUCAGCUUUAGAGAAAGAGAUUGGUCCGGAACAGUUUCCAGUCAAUGAGCACUAUUUUGGUUUAGUUAACUUUGGGAACACAUGCUACUGCAAUUCAGUUCUUCAGGCACUUUAUUUUUGUCGACCAUUUCGAGAAAAAGUCCUAGCAUACAAGAGUCAACCCAGAAAAAAAGAGACCCUCCUUACAUGCUUAGCUGAUCUCUUCCACAGCAUAGCUACACAGAAGAAAAAAGUUGGAGUAAUACCUCCGAAGAAGUUUAUAACAAGAUUACGAAAAGAAAAUGAGCUCUUUGACAACUACAUGCAGCAGGAUGCGCAUGAGUUCUUAAACUAUCUUUUAAACACAAUUGCUGAUAUUUUACAAGAAGAGAGAAAACAGGAAAAACAAAAUGGCCGUCUACCUAAUGGCAGUAUUGACAACGAAAACAAUAACAGCACACCAGACCCAACCUGGGUUCAUGAGAUCUUUCAGGGAACAUUAACUAAUGAAACCAGAUGUCUUACUUGUGAAACUAUAAGCAGCAAAGAUGAAGAUUUUUUAGACCUUUCUGUUGAUGUAGAGCAAAAUACAUCAAUUACUCACUGCUUAAGGGGUUUCAGCAAUACAGAAACUCUGUGCAGUGAAUACAAAUAUUACUGUGAAGAAUGUCGCAGUAAACAGGAAGCACAUAAAAGGAAGUACCAAGAAGUAACAACAACAACACAAGUAUGUGUUGGGAGGAUGAAAGUAAAAAAACUGCCUAUGAUUCUAGCUCUCCAUCUGAAGAGAUUUAAAUACAUGGAUCAGCUACAUCGAUAUACAAAACUCUCUUAUAGAGUAGUGUUUCCUUUAGAACUUAGACUUUUUAACACUUCGGGAGAUGCCACCAAUCCUGACAGAAUGUACGACCUUGUUGCUGUAGUAGUUCAUUGUGGGAGUGGCCCUAAUCGAGGACAUUAUAUUGCAAUAGUGAAGAGUCAUGAUUUUUGGUUGCUCUUUGAUGAUGAUAUUGUAGAGAAAAUAGAUGCACAAGCUAUUGAAGAAUUCUAUGGGUUGACAUCAGACAUUUCAAAGAACUCUGAGUCUGGUUACAUUCUCUUCUAUCAGUCUCGGGAUUGAAUAGGAACUGUGGUGAAGAGAGAUUUUAUGCCUCGUUUCUUCUCUGGCUAUGAUGGAAUGGAGCAAGCACUGAUUUAAAAAAUGGAAUGCAGGGAGCUCCAGGGACAGUAGCGCAGUUUGCACACAACAAAGGAAAGUUUGGAUUUUUUUUUUUUUAAACCCUUCAUAUCAAGUUCAUUUUAUUUACUCAGGUAUCAUGCUGACUACACAAUUCUUCUACAACUGCAAAGAGAAAAGAGAGAUACCCGCCACUCUUGUAGGAGCAACCUUCCAACAGUGAACACAUUUUCUCUUUUUAAAGUCCUGAGUCAGGGCCCCUUAAAAUCAAUGGAAAGACUCCCAUUGACUUCACUGGGGUUUGGUUCAAGGCUAAUUGCAACAAUCUGGCAGUACAAUAGAAGCAAUAUAAAUCUGGUAUUUUAUACUGAUUUCUUAUUUGAAAAGACAGAAUUCUUUGUGCAGUAAUUUGCCUGUGUUCAAUUAUGAAAGAAUAUGGUGGACAGGUUUUUUUGGUUUUUUUUUUUCCUGGGUUCUUUAAUAUAUAAAUAACAAAUAUACUUGGGACAACACAGUUGCCUUCUUGACCGUAAUAGAUUAACAGAAAAUAUAAACUAGUGUCAAGGAGGCCAAGUAUGUUUUGCUUCUCUGAAGAAGCUUACAUUAUAGUAAUAUAUACCUAUGCUGUCGGGAACAAUCAGUAAAAAUUAUGGCUUUUAAUCUCCCUAUGGAGAAAGAUGGGGUGGUUAAUAAUAGUUUAUUUUUAUUUAUGAAUUACUAUAACUACUAGGGUCCUAUGUAUUGUCUUUGAGCAUAACAAAUCUUGAACAUAAUUUUAUAUAUAUAUAUUUGAAUUAGAUUUACUUGUUCCAUUUAAAUGGGUUUUUUUUUUAGGAAAGACAGAUUCUAAAUAAAAUGCAUAAAAUGUCUUUUACCCCUUCUGUUUUACCAAUUUUGUAUUCUCUCUUUCAGGAGGAACUGGUAUCUGGCUCAAUGUCUUUCAUAUUUAAUUUAAUAAUUAAACAAUGAAUCUGUUUUUACUCUGAUGAAAAAGCCAAGCCGUAAAAUGUUUCCUGUAGCUGUCUGAAUGAUGAUUGUAAGAAUGCUUACUAUAGUGAAAUGCUGGUGGUGUACUCCAAUCCUUACUGUUCUUUAUUCAUUAAGGGUCCAUACUCUAAAUAAUUUGUUAGAAAAACCUGGAUCAAAAUAAACAGUUUUCAGAAUAUCAUUCCCUUCUCAGAAAAUUGAUCCAUUCAGACUCCCAAGAGCCUGGGUGACUUUCAAAAAACUCUCUAAAUAUGAAAUGAAGUUGAUAAUAAAUGAAAUAAUCUAGGAAUGUAAAAGGAGUUCAGUGUUUUGAGAUUUUUUUCAAGUCAUAUGAGGUGAAUUUUCUGAAAUUAAAGUUUACCUUGCUUUGGGUUUAUGAAACAGCAUUAAGAUUUAAAUAAUAGCACCACCAAGUAAUAGAUGUAAUAAGAAAUAUGUGAAAUGUUUUGAUUUGAUACUUUUCCAUGCAUUAGUUUGUUGUCUGACAGUGGCUGAAUGUAAUUUCUGGAAAAUGAUGGAAUACAUAUUUCAGAUUAUGCCUAUCAGGUCUUGGAUGUCCUUGUCAUCCCAUUUCAGAUAGUGAUUUUUACUUUAUUGUAAUUUUCUAAGGUUAUUUUAUUGAUACUGUUGAAACCUUUAAAAAGAAUGUCUCCUGUCUGCUGCUAUAACUAAUAUAUUUACUUACCUGUAUUUUUAUCUCAGGAAAAGACUUCACCUAUUCAUUCAGUUGAACAAAUCUUGAACAGGGUCACUAAGUAAAUUGGGCUAUUUAACAUAUAUGAAAGAAAAUUCUUGUCGUAUUAUAACAGAUUGCUUUUAUAAAUGCAAGGUUUCUGAAACCUUGGUUUGGCUAAAAUUCUUUUGUAUAAAUUAUGUAGCUUGGCUAAACUACCAGCAUUGCAAAGAAAAGCAUCGCAAAUAUUUUGGGAGAGACAUAAAAAAUAUAAUGAAUUGGAUAUUUUUAAGGGCUUAUACCAAAUUAUUUUAGAACCUAAAUCUGUUUUUCCAGGUUUCAGUGGGAAAAGAGUGAGGGGUGAAUCAGUUGGACCAUAGUACAUGCCAGAAAGAUGAAGUCCCUUGCAUUAAAUGUACAGCUUUGUAAAACCAUUGUCGCAUUAGUUUUUGUUAACUGAUAAAAGUUUGCUCAGUCAUUUUACAGUUUUAAAAAAUGUAUGUAGUUAAAAGCCAAGCUGAGUUGCUAAACAUAUUUUAUACAGUAGCAAAAUUUAAAGCAUUUUUGUUUCACUGGUAGCCACAGGAUAUUUUGCUUUACUCCUGCAACAUAUUUUUAUAAAAUGGUGAUUUAUUUUGGAUAGGGUUUUUUGAGAUAGUGGUUCCAAAUGAUACAUUUAAUUUCACUUCUAGUGCAACUGAAAAAUAUAAGUAAAUUCUUGGUAAAAUUGAUACCAGAAACUACAGGCAGAGGAAAUACAAAAUGUAACUGACCAAUAUAAAAAGCAUUAGAGGAUUAUCUCUUGAUUGUAAUUGCAAUGGGGAGUGUGAGAAGAAUCUUCACUUGUAAAUGAUGGAAAUGAUUUCUGUGUAACUAUGUAAAUGUUAAUUGGGAUGACAGGUCCCCUAUUUUGUAUAUUGGAGCAAAAACGUCUAUUAAAUAAUAAAAUAUGUUCUCUGAAGGUAA